GGCGCAUUUUGGAAACAAUACCGCGCGGUGCGGAGCGGUCUCCUCCCGCGCCCGCCCGCCCGCUGUCGCCGCCGCCCCUGCUCUUGCCUCUCGCCUCCCGCAACAGCCGCAGAGCGCCCGGGCGGCCGGGAGCCGGGCGGAGUCGGAUCGCACCUCCUCGGCGAAGUGGGGAGAGGAGUCGCGCUCUGGGCUUUCCCCUUCUUCCCAAUUGAUUCUGGGCGCCAAGCCCCCGAGUGCUCGUCACGCUGGACCCUGGCGCGGAGCCCUGGCAUCACGACUCGGAGGCCGAGACUCUCUCCUGGAGUCACCCAGGGGAGAUGGAUCCACCUCAGUGUGUGGAGGAGCUGGAGGAUGAUGUGUUUCAGCCAGAGGAUGAGCUGGGGACCCAGCCUGGGAGCUUGCCCUCUGCUGACCUGUUUGCCCAGAGCCAGCUGGAUUGCCCCCUCAGCCGCCUGCAGCUGUUCCCUCUCACCCACUGCUGUGGCCCUGGGCUUCGACCCAUCAGCCAGGAAGACAAGGCCACCCAGACCCUCAGUCCAGCCUCCCCGAGCCAGGGUGUCAUGCUGCCUUGUGGGGUGACCGAGGAACCCCAGCGACUCUUUUAUGGCAAUGCUGGCUACCGGCUCCCUCUCCCUGCCAGUUUCCCUGCAGGCUUGCCCCUUGGUGAACAGCCCCCCGAAGGACAGUGGCAACAUCGAGCAGAGAUACAGAUUGCCAGAAAGCUUCAGUGUAUUGCAGACCAAUUUCAUCGGCUUCAUAUGCAGCAACACCAGCAGAACCAAAAUCGCGUGUGGUGGCAGUUCCUCCUUUUCCUGCACAACCUCGCCUUGAAUGGAGAUGAGAACAGGAAUGGGGCAGGUCCCAGGUGAGGCUGGGCUGCCCUCUUCAAAUGGGGCACCACAGGAAGGACAUCAGCGAGGACUGACACUGUGUCUUGUGAAGUUUUUUGUUGUUUUUAUCUUGAAAAUUGAUCUUUGUGUGUACAUAAGACAUACCCAAGUGGGACCUUUUUCCCUGUUCAGGGCCUUGACCAGGAAUGGGGCCUUUGUCAAACACUGUUGAAGUAGAGGCUGAUGUGUCUCUGAUGGUGGGUCCUCCCAAGGGCUCUGACAAGCAGAUCCUUCAGUCCACAGUUGUCGAAGAUGACCGUGUAGUGAUGUUCUCUGGCCAGUGGACUGGAGUUUACCCACAGGAACUCAGUUAAGCAAUAAGAGACUGGAUUACACUCCUGGUUCCACCAAACCAGUCAGCCUUCCACCAUGGAUGGGGCUGAGAUUGGACAGUCACACUGCUUCAACCCACCAAGGCCCUGGCCAGGGGCUUUCCAGCUGAGCAUGGCAAUUUCACUAGGCCAGUCAGCCUAUCUCUGGGUUCUCAUUUGGCCCAGUCAGUGCCUGCCCCAAGGGCUCAGGGAUUCUUGCCCAGCCCCUGUCAUCUCCAGCAGACCUCAGGGAGGGUUGGGUUUCUCCAAGGACCCCUCAAACAUGCCGCUAAAUGAACCAAACUUCUGCGUAGGCCUCAAAUCUGACGUCGUCCCACUUGGAGGCCCCAGGAUUGGUCCUGAGGUACAGAACCACUGCCACCUCUGGCUUCCUGAAACUGGCUGCGUGUCAGCCAUGGAUGAGCCAAAUAGCCAAUCAGCGUGCUGUCACCAGCAGCUUGUGCCUUUGUUGGCUUUUCUUUCCAAAGACCCAGCAACAGACUGCAUUCUACCCCCAUCUCAGCACUAGGGCAUGAAGGGGCAGGAUUGCAAUGGGACUGGGAAAUGUGGCCAUCCCACCUGUGAGAGUCAGCCCCAGAGGAACCCAGAGCCCUUGGCUUCCUUGGAAACAACAUACCUCCUCCUCCUCUUCCCCAUUCCUUUUUCACACCUAGCAUGACGCAGGAAGAAGCCAGCACUGUGACUUUGUCAGCUGAAAUGUGUCUUUUAGAGCAACAGACAAUGAUUAGAGUGCAGAACUGUCAAAGCUGGGUACAGGUUUCCUGUCUUCCUUCAGCUCCCAUCUAGGCCAGGAGGGCAUACUCUGGAAUUCAGCAAGAUCACAGCUGCCUCUGAACUUCCCCUCUCUCCCUGCCAUGGCGCUAAUGGAGAGAAUUCAAAGCAGCCAGUCUGCUAGCUCUGAUAGCAGACACAGGGAAUCUGAAAAGACAGAGAAUCUGGUUAACAGAACCUGUUAACAGACACCUAGAAAUUAAAUGAUAAUUUGUGCAUAUGUAGGAAGAUAACAUUGGUGCUAAACAGGGAAGCGAGGCCCAAAGAAAAGAUGGCUUUCCUGGGCAGAGAAGACUCCGGAGCUUCCCAAGGAAAUUGGAGAAGUCCAGAAUAGACUCAAAUCUGACAAGCCCAGGAUUUUCCAGUUAUGCAAAGAGUAGGUCUCAGUACCGUUGAAGAAAGCCUUGAUCUCCUGUAUGUAUAGCCGGGCAGGUUGUUCACUGCACAAGGGCACCUGCAGAGGAAGAUAGUAGAGGCUAAAGACCCGUCGGUGCUCUGCUCACUAAGUUGGAUGCCUCUGUAGGGCGGUGUCUGCCCAGAAGAACCGGUGCCUUUCCUAAUCUGCAUGAAGGUGCCAUGUGGGCUCAUAGUGGCCCUUGAGGAGAAGGACCUCAAACUGCGCAAAAGCCUUUGUUUUGUUCUACUUAGAUGUUCUGGAGGUAUUACCUCUUCUUGGCCAGAAUUAUAUUCUCAGGGUGUGUACCAUGGUUUGUCUGCUAAGAAGAUGGGUUCUUGCUUACAAGAAGGAACCCAGAGAACAGGCAUGAGGACUGACUCUGGAAUGCGCUGGCCAUCGUGACAUGCAGCCCUCCCUGCGUGGCUCCAUACCAUUUAUGAUGUGCAGAAGACUUGGUGUUUUCCCCUCUCCUGGACCAAGGCUGUGACAUGCAGGCUGCUGGUAUAUGCUUGAGUGGAACACACAAGAAAACCAGGAUUAUUUCUACCAACCAUUUUUUAACCUCUCUUGGCAGACUUUCCAUCUGAGCUGAGUGAGAGAGCAAAUAAAUGGUCUAGACUUUGGUGCUGAGGCAAAGCCACACACUUCAGGGACCCUGCCAGGCCCAGGAGGGCCUGUCCUGAGACUGAGCCCAGAGUUUGACAAGCCCAUCUGAACAUUGAGCCUGGGGCCAGGUAAAAGAUGGUCCGACUGUACUGCCUCCGUCUUCUGUGAAGCCAAGGACUAUCUUAAGCAAGCCAGGACAAAAUUUAAAAGCUCCCUCCUUUCCCCUCCCCCAGAAAACCCAUGGGGUAGCUCCCAGAAUAGCCCCAGGAGAGAGGUUCCUUUUGGCUGGCUGUUUUUAAUUGGCCUAGUGAUCUAGACCUGGCCUGGUGAGUUGGUCGGAACAUUCCUCAAGUCCAGCCUCAGGAGACAUGUCCCUGCCCCUGGGCCCCUCUUCCCACCCUCCACCCCCAGAGGCUUGGCUGUCUCCAGUGAGGGGGUGGAGAAUCAGAUUGAGAGGGAGGGAGAGUCUGACCUGGGUUCUGACCUAUAACCAGCUGAAGACUUAUUGAGCUUUUGUGGUUUGCUGCCGGUUGGGGCUGGGAGAGGGACUGGAAACCUCCCUCCCCAUUGUAGAAAUGCCCUGGAGGAAGGGAAGCCUGCUAUUCAGGGUCAAAACAGCCCUUCCAAUUCUGAGCCCCAGAGUAGGGGCUUCUGGAAGCCUGUGGACAGAACUGGGGAGGGAACCCCCCCAGGCCAGACAUCUGACUUGGAGAGCUGGGCCUGGCCUCUCUGCCUUUACCUGCUUCAAAGUCUCGGCUGCUGAAGAGCUGUCCCCAUGGCCAUCUCCUGCUCAAUCUGAGGCAGAAAAAAUUCACCUCCCAGUGACCUCCCCAAACCCCUAGGGGAGUGGGUCUGUUUCCAGAGCUUAUGUGGCAGGCAUGUUCAAAGUGCUGAGCGGGGCCCAGCUGACUCAUCUCACUGUCCCCCGUGGCCGAGCCUUGUCCAAGGGUGGCUCCUGACUGGUCAGGGCAGGGAGGGGUUGAUUGGGAUGGCCCAGCUAGGGCCUCCACCUGCCUGAAGUCAUCUGGGAAGGAGCCUGGGGAGCCACUUGACUGUUGUAGUCAGCAAGGAGUACACUGCCCAUGAAAGCUUGUCUUUUGGGGGGAACUUGAAGAGGGGGUAGGGAGAGUAGAGAGCAGCAAAGUAGGAAUAUUUAAAUUGCCACUGCUCCCAGGGCUUUGGUAAAUCAGUGCUGUACCCCAGGCGGGAGGAAGCUUAGGGCCCCUCUGUGUAGGUGGGGACCCUUGGUGGCAGGCCACCUUGGCCAGACUUGUCCCAGGAAGGGGUUAACCUAUCAGCCUUUGAAGCCUCCUGGGGACACUGGGCAGUGGGCAGGCACCUCAGGGCUGGUGGACUUAGAGCCUUGAGGGAAUGGUAGAGAAAGCCCAGCCCUUCCAGAGAUGUGCCAGCCUCGCAGCUGAAGGUGCCUGGAGCCUGUGCAGACUCCCGGGUCCACACUGCCCUUCUCUGCACAGGUGGCCAGUGCCUCUCCCUCCUCUGUGCCAGCAGGCCACCCAUCCCUGAGUCCACAGGGCUGUCAGGGGAGACCCAGUGAGAAUGUAGCAUUUUGUUCAUCCCAGAUUAGUUGCCCUGGGUUCUAGGCACUCUGCCUCUGGGAGAGAGACAGGGAAAGAGGGAGGGGAAUGGGGGCCUAUUGUUUUUUUAAUCUGUACAGAGUAUUUGAAUUUCUGUUCUUUGAAUGUGUGUGUGCGUGUGCGUGUGUGUGUGUGUGUGUGUGUGUGUUCCCCCCAUCAAUUGGUACAGUUUUUAAUAAAACCAUUUAAAGCAAA